AUGUCUAAUCCCAAUCAUACCGCUCAACCUUCUCAUCAAUCCGAUCAACUUCCAUCAGAUGUAGGAUCGUAUCCUGCUAUGAAUGAUUCUGGAGAUGGGCAUUCCAACCAAUCUUCUGGACAAGUCAGUCCACUUCGACAUGGACAUGGACAUGGACCUACGAACUUUGGAUUUGGUGAUACUCCCAUUUCAGAUAUUCCUACAACACCUUUACCUCACUUGAAUCCACGAUUCUUCGAUCAAGGAGGUCAACCUAUUCGUCAACGAAUUCAUCAAUAUCCUUUUACGUCAUCAUCAUCUUCUUUGAAAUAUCCUCAACAAGCGAACCAUAACUAUGAUCAGUACGCUAAUCAUAACUAUGAUCAGUAUCCUAAUCUCUUUUACGGAAAUUUUCAAUUCAAACCAUUACCUCAAAUCAACCCAUAUCUCCCGCUUCAUCAAUAUCAAUAUCAACAUCCCUCAUUCCAUUCUCAGCCUUACCAUCUACCGUAUCUUGCUCAAUACAAUCAACAACCUCAAUACCCAUCGCAGCUUAAUUACCCAUUCAAUGUGCCACUUCCGAACAUCUCGUCAGCUCAACCCGGGGGGUCAUCCCGUCCUUUCGGUCGACCUGUAUCGUCCAAUAUAGGACCCUCCCAACACCUACUUCAAUAUCAAGCAUCGAUGUUUACAGGUACUCAAGUUGCAAAUACUUUUGGACUCACCCAACCUGGUGUUUCGAUAGACAACCGUAAUGGUAUCAGUAUCAGUGAUGGAUCAUCUUUCAAUUCAGGUGUAAAGAGAGCUUUCAGUCAGGUAGACCAAAAGGAAAAUGAUAAAUCAAGUAUGAAUACCAAUACCGAUACCAAUACCAAACGAUCUCGUCAAAGUGUAAGGAUUAAAGUGAAAAGAGAAGAGACUCAAGGUGAAAACUGGGAGGAUGCUUGUAAAGAUAUGUUCGAGUUGUUUUCUCAAUGUGGUUCAAUAGAAUCGAUCUAUCUUAUGAAAUCGAAUACCGUUUCAGGUAUAUUGAGAGGUAAGAUUGGGAUUGAUUUUGAAGAAAAAUUAGGAUAUCUCAAAGCUUUGAAUAUGCCAGAGGAAAUGAGAGUGUAUAAUUCUGAAAAGAUCGAGAUCAUAACGAGGAGAUAUGAGAUUAAUAAGACCUGGUUCCUGGCUUUUGAAAGUGAACUUCAUCACUUGCAAAAAGAUGCCAUCAUGUACGCUUCGAAGAUUGGUAAACGUUCUGCUACCAGGUUCGGAAUACCUCCUUCAGCAUUGAAUCGUGAUAUCCAACCUGUCGAUCCGGUUUUGAGCGUCCUUCCAUUUGAGGAAUUACCUCAAGAUUCUAGCUUACCUAGGAGAUUCCACUUGGGUCAAUGGAAGAAAUAUAGAGAAAGCUUAAGUACGGAUAAGAAUAAGAUAAAGGACAUUGAACUUGACGAUGAUGAUGGUGGUGGUCAUACGGAGAAAGAGGAAGUAAACGUAGCGCAUGUGAAAGAUGAAGCUGAGAUUGGAGAAGACGAUGAUGGAAAGUAG